AUGCCACCUCCGAAAGGUGAGGCUGUUGCGGAUGCUGAGCUAGAUGCAUUUGGAGGAGGCCCUGUAGAUUUGUCACUACUACCUUUAUACCCAGACCAUAUUUCCAGACAUAUAUGGGAUAGAGAGGACCAUGAUCCGCUGAAGAUUGUUGAAGAGAAAAAUAUUUUGGUUGAAAACAACGAAAAAGAAGAUGAUAAUGAAGCUGAAUUUUUUGAUGAUGAAGGUUAUAAUAAUGAAAAUGAACAUAUCCUUAUUUUUGUCGAUGAACAACCUAACAAGUCUAUUCUAUUGGACAUUUAUGAUCCAAGAACAUGGAAUAACCUUAGCAAUGACUUAAGAGAUGAAUUACUAAGAAAUGAUACUAAAAGAGAUGUGUCAAUUGUGAAUGGUCUUAAAAAUAUUUCUGGUAGGCAUUUCUCAUCAUCAUGUUAUAUCUGUUAUUGUUCUAAUGGAGAAGAAAUGAAUCGCUUAACAAAUGAAGGUUUUAAUGAUUGGAAACAUAUUUAUGAAAGACUUAAAGAACAUGAAUUAAGCGGUGCAUACAUGUCUUUCAUGAGUAAAUGGAUUGACUUGCAUAUUAGAUUUAAGAAAAAUAUAACAAUUGAUCAACAUCUUCAAGAGCUUAUAAGAAAUGAAAAAAGGCAUUGGAAGAAUGUCUUACUUAGGAUAGUUUAUGUUACUAGAUAUCUAGCAGAGCAAAAUUUAACAUUUCAUGGAAAAAAUAAGAGGAUUAAUAUGGAAAACAAUGAAAGCUUUCUUUCUCUUGUUGAAAUGAUUGUUGAAUGA